GUCUCAGGAUGUGGUUCAUAACAGUGUGGUGUUUCUCCCCACCCCUAAAGCUCCUUCCUCCGUGCACGUGUUCAGAACCUCCCUCCCUCCUCCUACAUGUCUUCCCCUUUUUGUAUUUUGUCUCAUCCCUUCACCACACUCAUGCAGACAUUUCAACUGUGGCUGUCAAUGUUAAGUCAUCUUAACCAGAACCAGACAAAUCAGUUAACAGAGAGAAAAAACACUGUAGUGAUUAUAUUGGCUGAUAAUCAUAUAUUGUAGUAAUCAUUUAAGAGUACAAUGUGGGACUGUAGUGGCUUGACUGCAUGUCAGCAGCUCUGAAGAGUCUCUUCUGAAGCUCGUCCUCUGACCCAUCUGGACUGAACUCUGCCAAACUUGAAGCAGCUCUUGAAUGUGUCUGAAACUCUUCACCUACUGGACAGCUUUGUUUUACAAUCAAGACUCAUCUCUUACCAAAAACAUCAGUCUUUUUUACAGGUGAAUUUCUAACCAGGAAAGUGAAAGAAAACUAAAGGAACAAUGGACGUCACAACAACAACAGCAACAACAACAACAACCACAAACUCAACUGUGUGUGUUGAAAUUGGCCAGAGUGCCAUUAGUGACUUCCUGAUGUCUGUUUACAUCCUGGCUUUUAUCUUUGGUUUGAUCUUCAACGUGCUGACCCUGGGCCCCAUUUGCCAACAAGUGCGGCGGCAAAACGUUCUGGGCAUCUUCCUGCUCAACCUGUCCCUCUCCGACAUGUUUUUCAUCUUCACUAUGCCCCUUUGGAUCAAUUAUUACAUGCAGGACCACCACUGGAAGCUAGGUUCUAUCUCCUGCAGUAUAGCUGGCUUCUUCUACUACUCCAACAUGUACAUCAGCAUCUACCUGCUCUGCUGUAUCUCCGUGGACCGCUGCCUAGUGGUCACCUACCCACUCCGCUUCAAGACCCACCGUACAUCAUGCUAUGCCUGGGCACAGUGUGCCACUGUUUAUGUUAUAGUGAUGGCGCUACACAUCAUGGUACUGGUAUAUGACAAUCUCACUGACCCCCAUGAUGAACAAAACAACAAUGACCGUUGUUAUGAGACUUACCCCAUGCAGGAACCUGUCGCCCUGUUCAACCUGCUCAGAGUGGGCAUCGGCUUCCUGCUGCCCCUGCUGGUGUUGGCAGUGAGCUACUGGAGGGUGCUGGCCACUGUGGGCCAGAGUCCCGGCCUGAGUGCCCAGGCUAAGAGGAAGGUCCGCCUGCUGUCCUUUGGGGUGAUUGGGAUCUUCUCAAUUUGCUUUGCUCCAUAUCACAUUCUCCUGCUCACACGCUCACUAGUCUUCUACAACAGUGAUGACAAAGAAAAUCCUCAAGGAAGUUACUGCCAGUUUGAACAAAAAAUGCACUUUUUAUUCUCAUGUACGCUGGCACUGUCCAGUCUGAACUGCGUGGUGGACCCUGUGCUGUAUGUGUUGGUCAGUAAUGGAGUCCAGGAGGAGGUGAAACUGUGCUGGAGGAGGCGUAAAGUGACACAGGCAGGGAACUGUACUUUGACUUCAAACAACAGAGGAAAGUCUAAUACUAACUUAAUAUGACAAGUAAGCUGUAUUUGGGUGGAUAAGUGCACCUGUGCAUUUGUGUGUGUGUGUGUGUGUGUGUGUGUGUGUGUGUGUGUGUGUGUGUGUGUGUGUGUGUGUGUGUGUAUGUAUGUGCAUACACGAUUAUACAAAAUACUGUCACUGUUUUGUUUUUUCAUCAGAUCAUUGAGGGGCGACCCUUUACAAUGACACUGAGUCUGGUUUGUGGCUGUUUAAAUGCAAGUCUGCAUUUUCAGAGUUAGCGAGUAAGAAGCAGAAAUGUUUACCUCUCAUAAUCAAGCCUUUGUGUACAGACAAUCAAACACCCUUUGAGAGAACCACAUUGUCGCUAUUUUUUCUUUUUCUUCCUCAUAUCCUGCACAGAGUAGAGGAGUGGAUUGAAUAACAGCCGUCUCAGAGCUCUGUAAUUGGAUUGUAUUCCCAGGCAGGUUCUGCUUUCCCAAGAGUUCUUCAGUGGCACUUCUGGUUUGUAGCUGGACACUGCUGGAGAUGAAGAGCACUUGUGCCUUCUUUCCAAUCUAUACAAGGAUUUUGUGAUUGUGAUUGUGUGACCCUGGUAUAGCUAAAGGUGCAUUAACUCUAAAGCAUACCACAAAGAAGGCAUUUAUUAGCAUGACCUUGUGCCUUUAUUGUCUAACCGUCAGUGGUUGAAUGUAAAACAAAAUAAACCAGUUGUUUGAGCAGAUGCUCGACUUUUAGGUUGUUUAUGAAGAAAACUCUUGAUGAUCAAUUUGCAGUAGACAUUUUAUACAUUUCCACAGGGAGGGAAGGCCUUAGGAAAUAAUAAGCCCAUGCGUGUGUGCGUUUGUGUGAGAGACAAGAGUCUAAUAUUUGCCACAAUGUCUAAAAAAGGUGAAGAAGACAGGUAUAGAACAAAGAAAGAGAGAGGAAGGGAGAAAGUGAAUCGACAACAUACUGUUAUGGCUUUGUUUUAUAUUUGAUCCAUUAUUCAUACAGUGGCUCUCUCAUCCAUCAAUAGUGCUAUAGUGCAUAUCGAUUCAUCACCAACUGAGCACUUGGCACAUAACCAGCAUGCACCCUGAGGUUGUUAAGGUUUGUACAUGUUCUUUUCUUUAAGAACCUUUACUGCUGAGUCAUUGGUCAGUAUAUGGAGACAGGGUAUAUAUAGCAUAUACAGCUGUCUCCUGAAAAUCCCACUCAUAUACUACUAAAAUGUUUUAUCUUAGUGCAGUACGCUUUAGUGGAAAUGUGACUGCUGCCUGGAUUAUGUUAACUGGCAAUAUUUUUUUGCAGUCCAUAAUGAGUAGGGGUAAUGUAGUAAAACAAAUGAAAUAUGUUGCAAGUGAACAUUUUGCGUCUUUCAUUAACAAUGUUUCCUUAUUAUAUUGAUAAAAUACGAGUGGCAUGACUUUUUUUCAAACCGUGAUUUUCUUUUAGGGGGACUGGGUUGCCCUUAAGCUCAUUGUUGCUCAGUGUUAAAUACUUAAAGGAUAUGGUUGGUAAAUUAUAUAUUAUUCUUAUUUUCAACAAAUCCCAUAAAAAGACCAAACCCAAUGAAUGAAUAAAUACUAUACAAGUGUAGUAGUGUAGUGUAAUCUGUGUAGUCAAGGCCUGAUGUGCCUUAUUCCUAUGUGCCUCUGUUGUUUUCCAAAAAACAUUUUUAAAAAACAUCAUUAAUGAGCCAUGAAGCCAUGAGCCAUGAGCAAGAAACGUGUUCCUUCAUUAUCAUGAACAUGGAUGAACAUGGGCAAUGUAGUUUAUUUUGAGCCAAUUCCACAUAAAUUAGCCUGCUGCCAGAAACACUUACUAGAGCAUAGUAUGUGUUAAUCCCCCACUGAAAAUAGUCCUAAUAACAAAUGCAAGAUUUACUCCUGUUUGAGUAAUGUUUUCUAAAAAACUACAGUGCCCACAUGUUUUAAGAAUAUAUAUUUUUUUUAACUACAUAUUUGUGACCUUUCAGGUUUUACGUGUUCAGGAACAAAUGGGCCACAGACAGUUUAGGGAAAUUGGAAAGUAUUGAGAGAUGGACUAAUGCAUUGUUAGUUUUGGUCCUCUCAUGGGAUUUGCUGACAAAAAGGAAAAUAUAGAAUAAUGCUAGCCUUGUAAAACAAGCCACGGCUGGGAACGAUUCAUCUGCCACAUCAGAUUCUGGGUUUUCAUCAGGUCAAGAGACAGCUUUGCUUCGGAGACAGUUAAGUGGAAAAAAUUAUAUAAAUUCAUGAGAGGUUCCCAAAAGAUGUCCUUCCAUCCCUUACUCCAUUAUUUCACCUCAAUACUCUUUUCAGUCAAAGUUUGAGGCAAUUUGAACAAGCACUACUUGAAAAAGUGAUUGGACUCCAUAUUUGCAAAUGAUAAAAACACAGUCAAGUUUAAAGAAAUUAUCCAAAGCUGCAGUCCAUCAUCCAGUGGCAUUAGACCCAAGAUAUUACAGAUCCUUUUCCCUAGACUCAGCUUUUGAUGAGCUAUCUCAGGCUGUAGCCAGACUCUGGAAAAUCAAUAUGGUUUCAUCGAUUAGCUGUUCCAACUCAAAACGCAGGGUUGGUCUAAAUGCAUUAAAGCUAAUCUUAGCUAAGUUAUUAUAGUGUUGAUUUGAGUAUUGUGACACGUACAAAAAAAGCGCUCAAUAUAAAGUCAUUUUUAAUUUCCCCUUCCAUGAUGAGCAAUCCAUUCUAAUUAAUAUUUAAAUUGCUGCUCUCCUGUUGUCCGCUGUGUUAUUAAGUGUGUCUUUAAUGAAACACAGUCUUAAUUAUAUCAAACUCAAUUUGUCUAAAUCCUAAAAGUCCCAAAGUGGUUUAUCAUUAGAUUUGAUAUUUCAAAAACAAAUUUAAUUUUCACUGUGUAAUGUAACUACAGUCAUGCAUGCUGCCACAGUUGAAUUGAAUCACCUUAUUCAAACCUAAGUCAUAAAUGUUUUACCUUUGA